CUUGUAUUCUGCGUCGUCUCAAGUAAAGAAUGGCGCAGUUUCUCCACUUCCAAAAUGAACAUAUUUAUCUUUCUAGUUAAUCGCGUCAACAUAUCAUAAAACUUCUAUCGCGUUAAUGUAUAAACAAACGGCACAAAAAUAUAUGGAUAUGGACACUGCAUCACCUGAUGCGCUCAGAAACCGCGUCUGAUUUCAGAGUGUCAAGCACAUUUAGUUAAGGAGUUUGUUCCAGAAAGACAAGGCAGAGGCUAUAGACACUGCGGUGACUGUUGAAACCCCAGUGGAGGAGUUUAAGUCCUCUUCACCUCUACAGAAAGAACCAGAGCCUAAAUCUGAAUCUGAACCUGAGCCUGAGGAGCUUCAUGAGGAGGAGGAUCCCAGGAACUCCAGUGAAGCUGAAGAAGAAUCUGAGCCGAUCACCCAGCAACCUCAGUCCAUUACCAGCACCUCUGUUUCACGAACUGAUUCACCGGUGGAGAGUACAGCUCCUGAAGAGGAAAGCAGUGUCCCUUCCAGAUGUGAUGUUCUGAAGAGAUGUUUCAUGCAUGUACCAUAUGCUCCACAGGCCCUUGACAACUUCAACCAGUUCUUAAAAGACAUCGAUGUCACUUUGCCCAGAGUGCCUUCCAUGCCCAAUCCGCCUCCUGCUCUCUCUCAAAUCACCCAACAGCUGCCGUCGCUUCCUUCUCAACUGGCACAUCUCCCUCAACGAAUUUCCCAGCGAUUCUCCAAAAUCACCCCACAAUUCCCAAACCAGACGCUUUUCAGUGCUCCUCAUUUUCCCAGCUUCCCCGUGCAGUUAUCCAGCCUCCCACAACAGCUGUCCAAAAUUCCACAACAAAUAAUCCAACCUCCCGCAAAAGGUAUCCAUUUUUCCACAAAGGCUGACCAGCAUUCCACGGUUUUCCAUCCUUCCACAACAGGUCUCCAACAUUCCGCAACAACUCUCCAGCGUUCCACAACAAAUAUCCAGCAUCCCACAAAAGAUAGCCAGCAUUCCAUAGAAGAUCUCCAGCAUUCCACAGUGUGCCCAGGAGUGAUAUUCUAACAUUAAGAGCCAUCUCAACAAACUUAAGCCGGAACAGGAUGGCCAAGGAGCAAUUGCAGGAGACUAGGGAUUUGGAGUUGAACCGUCUUGUUCACCAGUCCCCACUCCAUUCCCCUUGUAUCCCUUCACCCUCUUCCCCAAGCUCUGUCCUAGACCUGCCCAAUGUGCCCUCUUACCCCCGUCUUCCACCCAUCACCCCUUCCAAGCAGUUGUCAGGCGUCUCCAACCCUGUCUUCCACAUUGAGGAUGACCCCACCUCUGCUAGACCCUCAGUGAGCUCCAGACUGAGGGUGCACCCAGCCGUGAAUGUGGAAGAUGUCGACUCCGACCGAGGGAAAGUAGGAAGAAGAUCUCAUCCCAUAGCACCAAUAAUAAACCCACAGGACCCCAACCUCAAAACCCUCACUGUCCCUGGUGCCCGUAAAGCUAAUCGGACAAGAGAGAGAAAACCACAGACAGUUUGGACCAAGAUCAAGAGACUUUACUCACAAGAUGAUGAGGAAGAGGAGAAGUUAGAAACUGCAGUCCAAGUCUUGCGAAACCAGAGUACCAUCUCAAGUGCAGAUGAUGGGCUAAAUCAACGAGCAUCCUCUUCAGCCAGCCAAACUGGUACUGUAGUAAAUGAGAGGUUACAGGAGCUGGUCAAGCUGUUCAAAGAGAGAACAGAGCGAGUUAAAGAGAAGCUGACUGAUCCAGAUAACUCUGAUGAUGAAACACCACCCGACUCCCCAGCUAAGCAAGCUCCAGCUCCUCCUCCUGAACCUCCUGCAGAGCAGACAACAGAGCAGGAGGAAUCUGAAGCCCCUGGUGAGAAAGAAGAGGAGAAAACAAAGCUCCUGUGGUGUAAAGUGAAACCUCAAUCCAGGACUAGUCGGCUUCUGCAGUACCGUUUUCCAUCCAGCAUCGACCCCUUCACUAAUCUGAUCUACGUACUCUGGCUGUUUUGCGUGUCUUUGGCGUUUAACUGGAACGCGUGGAUGAUUCCUGUGCGUUGGGCAUUUCCAUAUCAAACACCAGAUAACAUCCAUGUGUGGCUGUUGAUUGAUUACUUAUGUGAUGCCAUCUAUAUACUGGACAUCCUGACCUUUCAACCCAGACUGCAGUUUGUGCUUCAUGGAGACAUUGUGACCAGCAAGAAAGAGAUGAGAAAUAAUUACAUUAAAGCUGUACGAUUCAAGCUGGAUGUGGUCAGUCUGCUUCCUCUGGAGCUUUUUUACUUCAAAACAGGGAUUAAUCCACUUCUCCGCUUGCCCAGGAUCCUGAAGUUUAUGUCUUUCUUUGAGUUUAACAAGCGUCUGGAAUCUAUACUGACCAACGCUUACGUUUACAGAGUUAUUCGAACCACCACCUACCUACUGUAUGCGGUCCACUGCAAUGCCUGUCUGUACUACUGGGGCUCUUCAUUUGAAGGUCUGGGUUUCUCAGAAUGGACCUAUGAUGGGAAAGGCAAUAAUUAUUUUCGCUGCUACUACUUUGCUGUGAAGACUUUGCUUACCAUUGGUGGCCUGCCAGAACCCACAACACUUUUUGAGAUUGUGUUUCAGCUCAUCAAUUACUUUAUUGGAGUGUUUGUGUUCUCCAUCAUGAUUGGUCAGAUGAGAGAUGUUGUUGGUGCAGCGACUGCGGCUCAGACAAACUAUCGUGCCUGUGUGGAUAACACAGUGAAGUACAUGGCUUCCUACCGCAUCCCUAAAGAUGUGCAGAACAGAGUGAAAACCUGGUACAGCUACACCUGGCAGUCCCAAGGCAUGCUGGAUGAACAAGAACUGCUAGAUCAACUACCUGACAAGAUGAGGCUGGAUAUAGCAGUGGACGUCAGCUACAACAUUAUUAGUAAAGUGCCACUCUUCCAGGGCUGUGAUAGACAGAUGAUCUUUGACAUGCUGAAGAGUCUCAAAUCAGUGGUGUACCUUCCAGGAGACUAUGUCUGCAAGAAGGAUGAAGUGGGCCGUGAGAUGUACAUCAUAAAGGCAGGGGAAGUCCAGGUAGUCGGUGGUCCUGAUGGAAAGACAGUUUUUGUGACCCUGAAAGCAGGAGCUGUGUUUGGAGAGGUCAGCUUGCUUGCUGUGGGCGGAGGAAACCGGCGGACAGCUAAUGUCGUAGCACGUGGUUUUGCUAACCUUCUUAUCUUGACCAAAAGGGACCUGAAUGAAAUCAUGGUGCACUAUCCACAGUCCCAGAAACUGCUGUGCAAGAAAGCAAAGAAAAUGUUGAUGAAGGAUAAAAAGCCUGCUGAGAAGAAAGAGGAAGAAAAGGAGCCCAUCCCGAUCAUUCCUCCUCCUGCCGAGACGCCCAAACUGUUAAAAGCAGCGCUAGAGCUGACAGAGAAAUCCGGAAUGAAAGGGACAUGGUCCAAACUUAAGGGUAGGACCAACAGAUCGAGUGUCUCCUCGCAGCACUCCAUCUCUUCUUCUGCAGCACCUGACUCACCAGUCCAUGAACCGCACUCAGAUCAAGACGCAGAUACUCUGUCUCAGAUAUCAGACAGCUCACUGCAAAUCCCCACGACCCCCACCAGCGCUGGAGACGGGAAUGUAUUUGCUGAAGAGGGUUCGGUGGAGGAGGAAACUAAAUAGCAAAGAAGGAAUCUAGUGGCAAAUAAAGCAGCCAUGAAAUAACCCAGACAUCUGAGACCAUCAAAAUAAUUUGCAGGAUACUAUUGUGCUCAGUGUUUUGCUUCUGAAACGGGUCAUGAGGUCAGGUACAGUCAGUGAACUCAGGAAUGCACAAAACUGUCUUCUCGCUUAGUUUUCUCAUUCAGAAUAUAUACUAAUGAUACAAUAAUAAGCAGAAUAUAACUUCUGAUACAUCAAUAAGCUAACAUACUAGCAUAAACCAUGAGGUGGACCCAGGAUGUCCGGUUGCUUUUAGCUUUGGUCUUUGGUUUGAUAAGUGCCUUAAUAAACCCUAAACUUUGCACUGUACACACCCUCAGUGCUCACUGCUAUAUGACCUCAUAUAUUUUUAGCAUUAUGUAGCAUUUAUUGCCAGUUUUAUGCCAGUGUCCUGAGGAUUCACUUAAUAACACAAUGAUUUUCAGCUGUCUGGCCUGUUUGAAGCAGAGUAGGUCUAAACUUAAGAUGUUAUAUUAAUAUGAUAUGCACAAAUACUUUGUAACAUUUUCUGUGAAUAAACUGCAUCUUUUGGAAUUAUUGUUAUUCCUUCAGGUUGGUUAGUUUCUCUGUGCAACAUCUGUCUGCUGUGCUGAAGACAAUAGUGUCAAAAUGUGAAAUACAAGUGAUUUUAUUCUUUUGUUCAUGAUGUCCAGAUGUAGCGGAAAAAGCUUUUUUUGUUGUCGUUUUUUUUUUCACAAUGUGGAAAGAUUUCGCCGACAUUAACGAAACAAAAUCAAAUAGUUAACAGCUUUUCAGAACCAAGAAUAGAUGGGCAGAAGGUUUGUAAAUUUAAAUUGCCUUUAUGUAAACUCUCUUUGAUUAGUUGUUUUUAAUCAUUUUCUUGUUUUUAUAGCUUCCUUGAUACAGAAGUGUGCAUCAAAGACUGGGAAUUUAGUUGUUCUUAUUGGACAAUCACAUGUAAAUGGCAUAUAUACUUUUGAGCUAGCAGCUAGACAUGGCAUUUUGUACAAGCUUUAUGAGUAUGUGAAAAUGUUAAUUGCUGAUACUGUUAAUUAUUUAUGUUAUAUUGCUGUUGCAGAAUGUUAAAUAUGUGUUUAGUUCAUUCUUAGUAGCUGAAAUGUUUUAUGGGCUGAGAGACUCAACUGUAAAUAAUUCAGAUAACUGUAAAUAAUAAUAGUACUCCAAGUCAAUGUUGAGUGAGUUGAAAUGACUUGGCUAGCGUGAAAUUGUG